AUGCCUGUGGUCGACCCCCAUCACCAACGAAGUCAAGCUGCGAGUCUACCUAUUCGCGCAAUUCGCCCCACCAUGAUGUACGGAUCAGAGACUUGGGCAGCACCAUCAACGGUUAUGGAGAGAAAUAGAUGUGGUAUACUGACGAUGACACCUGGAAGAUACCAACAUCUUGCACCGCCAUCGAAAGUGGCUAAAGUAAAUCGUCUUCGCUUCUUUGGUCAUAUACUAAGGAGACAGGCAGAUCGCCUUGUUCAACGAGUUCUGAGGAGUUUGCCGGGUUCGAGCUGGAAGAAAACACCUGGCCGAAAACGGAAGUUCUGGAAUGAGGUGGUGAAAGAGGACCUGAGGGCACUCGGCGUGGAUAGGCAGUUCAGACGAGACGUAAGGUUUCGCAGAAUAUGGAAUAGCGACAAAUGGAUUGAUUCUGUACAAGCUCUUGCAGAAGAUCAAGAAGGUUGGGCAGAGUUAUCUGCGACGAUGAAAGAGGAGCUGGAAGAAUCUAAGUACUAUGAAAAGGAAAGGGGAAGGUGUUCAAGCGAAGAUGUACAAGAUGUGAUGGAAGAUAGAAUUUCGAAACCUGGAAUCAACAAGAGAAUCGCUUGUCGAGUUCAUUACGGACAACGCAACUGGGCAGACCGAACCCGACCUGCAGAUGUCAAAGGAGUUCUGGCCGUGUUGUUCACAAAAACUGGCUCGGAAACAUGGAACCUUAGACGGAAGGGAAAUGAAGGAAAGUUUGCAGACGACACGGUCUCAAAUGCAAUCUUUGAGGGAAUCGCCUUUCAAGGUUUUGUGAAAGUGAUGCAAAUGCGAGAACCUCCUGUACAAACUGUGGCGGCUGAUUUCGGUCAAGUAUCCCAUCCGUCAUCGAUGGGAAGGUCCGAAUCAAACAGCCUUCAAUAA